ACAAAAUGUAGGUUAUUACCAUAGGAAAUCGUCGGUUAGCAUUUGAAAGACGUUUCUUGGACGAUAAAGAUAAUGAAGUUUGUGUUUUUGUUGAUAAUAAUUUUGUUAGUUCUAACUACGAAUCCUUGCGCGAGUUAUAAGCAAGUUUAUAAAGAAAAUAUACGGAAUUGUUUGGAAAAUACGAAUGAUAAUGUGAAACUAAACGACACGUCCAGUAUUCGGUCCGAAGAAUUAUCGCUGCACAUCUCAGAUUUGAUUCUAAAAGUAACCAACGAGACUUUGAGUAUUUCUUUUAAACCUGACGUAUCGGAAGAUGGACGAAAAAUGAAGCAAUCGACUUCUAAAUUGAUAGAAUAUCUUUUGGUGCCUGCUUUUAUGAUGUCGGGAAUGAUGCCUUGGUUUAUGCCUAAAUUACAAAUGAUGGUUAUGAUGAUUUCAAUGAUGAACAAUAUGAUGUUUACUAGUGGUUUAUUUUCCCUUGUGAGGAAUUUCGUUUUCGAAAAACAGCCCGAUGAGCACGUUAUAUACGUCAACAACGGCUUUAGAAAUAAAUCUCCUUAUUAUCCCAAGUGAAUGAAGAGCUUAGUUAUCUAAAUAUUAUUUAUGAAAUAAUUAAAGUUUUUUUU